AUGAAAGAAGUAUUCCCCGAAAUUGUCAAAAAAUAUGCACCCCAAGCGAUCGAUUGGCAAUUCAUACCCCCCUGUUCUCCAUACAUGGGCGGUCUCUGGGAAACGGCUGGUAACCAUAAAUUCACCUAUGAGGAGUUUAGUACAUUGCUUGCUCGUAUCGAAGCCGUACUGAACUCUAGACCUGUCUCACCACUCUCGCAAGAUCCCUCCGACUUCACAGCCUUAAUCAGAGGGCAUUUUCUCAAAGGAGCACCCAUUCUGGCCAUACUUGAGCAAGGCAGAAAUAUAAACGUGGAUGUGAAAUCUUCAUCAACGCCAACCAUGCGUUCGGCAGUUUCCGCUCCUCGCUCUGCAGCUGGCCCAAUAGCAGCGCCCCGGACCACCACUGCACCGGCAGCGCUUCGACCAACGACAGGCCCCGCCGCUACAACGGCCCCGCGUAAAAGCACACACACACCAGCGUUACCAGCGGAUCCGCAGCGCAUUCGAUAUCCACUAUGUCGCCGCCCGCAUCGGCUAUCGCACUGUGGUAUCUUUAAAGGCAUGCCGCCGAUGCAACGCCAGCAGGUGGCACAGGCGCACGGGUAUUGCUUGAAUUGCCUGGCAACUUCCCACGCAGCACAGGAGUGCCUAUCAAAUAAUCGUUGCCAAGUUUGUGUGCGGGUGCAUCACACGCUGCUGCACCGCACUACCAGACGCGACUCCGGGCCACAACCGGCUCCUCGCACCAGCGGCAAAGUCAGGCGUUCUCAAAGAACUUCUGUGACCACAUUCCGCCGGCGCGGACCCUCUCCAGCAGAAUCCCGUCCCUGGCGCCAAAACCGUGCAACAUCAACACGGCGCCAUCAGUUUAGGCCGCAAUCCCGCCGGUCAACAGGUCUCAGCAGCGUUGGAGCUACAGCGGCUUCUAGGCUAAAUACUCGCCUAGGGGGGCCGGGAUGA